UGGUGCAUCUUAGGGUUUAUUUUUGAAGUGGGAGAGAAAAUGAGGAGAGAAAGGCUUGAGUUGGUUUUCCCACUGUUAGCUCUUGCACUGAGCUUGUGCACGGUGGAUGUCGAGGCCGCGACGUCGUUGCAGCCGCCGGUGAAGCUGGUUUGGCAUUACUAUAGGAUGCAUAAUAGGUGUCGUGAAGCAGAAGUUUAUGUCCGGCACGAAGUAGAGUUGUUCUAUAAAAAAGAUAAAACUAUUGCACCUAAGCUUGUUCAUUUAUUAUAUUCGGAUUCUUUCGUAACUGGGUGUGAUGGUUCAAUCCUCCUAGAUGGCCCUAAUUCAGAGAAGACUGCACCGCAGAACAUGGGACUGGGAGGGUUCGUAUAUAUCGACAAGAUUAAAACCGUUCUUGAAGAUAGGUGCCCUGGGGUCGUUUCUUGUGCUGACAUUCUCAACCUUGCUGCUCGAGAUGCUGUUCACUUGGCAGGAGCACCAUCUUACCCUGUAUACACGGGGCGAAAGGAUGGUAUGACAUCUACCGCAGCAUCCGUUGAUCUCCCUUCACCAUCCAUCUCGUGGGAAGCUGCCCUAGCAUAUUUCACAUCAAGAGGCUUGGACGUGUUGGAUAUGACAACGCUUCUAGGAGCACAUUCCAUGGGGAAAACACACUGUAGCUUCAUUGAGGAUCGGCUGUACAAUUUCAAUAAUACAGGAAAGCCAGACCCAAGCAUGAAGGCAUCAUUCUUGGCAGAUAUGAGAAAGCAAUGUCCACCGCGAUUAAAAAAGGACCAAAGCAACCCGAUGGUAUUUCUAAACCCAGCAUCUGGAUCCAAAUGUAAUUUCACCAACUCCUACUACUCCAGAGUGUUAACCAAUGAAGCUGUCCUUGGAGUUGAUCAGCAGCUACUCUUUGGCAAUGAUACUAAGCAAAUCACCCAAGAAUUUGCCUCUGGCUUUGAAGAUUGGAGGAGAUCAUUUGCUCUUUCCAUGAGUCGAAUGGGAAAUAUCAAAGUUCUAACUGGAAAGGAUGGCGAAAUACGCAAAAAUUGCAGAUUUACAAAUAAAAACUAUCCUAGUAAAAACUAGGAGAGUCACUCUGCUGGGGGAGGAAUGAUUCAUAAUCAUAAAAACUAUAGGGAUGAUUGUUAUUGAAAUGCCAAAUGUCUUGGAUUAAGGUACAGCAGAAUAUCAAUAAAAAAACAUAAUGGAGAACUCUUUUCUCUCCAAAAAUAAGUUGUAUAAU